UUUAAUAAAAAAGAAAUAAAACCCCUAAAUCGUUAAUCUCCUCCACUCUCCUUCGUUUCUUUUUUGCAUUUUUCAGUUUGAGAUCUCUGCAUCUUCGUUCCAAAAUCGAAGAGGAGAUUAUUUCCCCAGCUUCUCUCCGCUCUCUGCAUCGUCUCCAGUCCGCCAGCCUCCGACUCCGACGAUCUUGGGGUUCUUAGUAGGCGUUCUCAGUUCGCCAGCCAUCGACUCCGACGACAGUCGGCGUUCUCAGGUUGCCAGCCUCGUACUCUGACGAUCUUGGCCAUUCUCAGCUUCACCUUUGAUCAUUAGUACUCUUGAUCUCUCUGUUGUCGCACCCUCACCUCACCCUCACUCUCGGUCUGCUCUCCGAUCUCUCCCCGAUCUAUCAGACGCCGAAGCCCAGAAAUUGAAAGAGUAUCUCUUGGAAAUUCGGUCACUGGUAUAAUAUAAUUUUGUGGCAUCAAUAUGCCGAUCGAUAAGAGUUGGACGUCAUUAAGGAAGCGUAACUGUGAUGCUUAUUGGAACGGUCUCCAAGCCUUCUUGAGAAUGGCAAAAGAACACGUAGACUGUGAUGGGAGAAUUUUAUGCCCGUGUGUGAGGUGCCUGAAUGUUAAACUACAAACUAUAGAUACAGUGGAGGCUCAUGUCUUUGACAAGGGUUUUCAACAGAGUUAUCAAAAGUGGGUUUACCACGGUGAGGUGGAAGCUAGUGUCGCCAAUGAGGUAGUUGAGGAGAAUGAAGAUGUAGACGAGAUGGUUGACGUCGUUGAUGAUUUCAUCUUACCGACAAAUGUAGAGGAAGCAGAUGGUGUGUCUGGCAGUCGAAUGGGACAGUAUUAUGACGAGUUGUUCGACGAGAUUGAAGCUGAGUUGUAUCCGGGUUGUGAUUGGAUAUCAUCCUUAAACUUUUUGGCGAAGUUGAUGCAUUUGAAAGUUAGAGGGAAGUGGCCAAAUAACUCUUUCGAUGAAUUGUUGAAGUUACUAAAAUUUGCAUUUCCGAAAGAUAAUAAAAUUCCCCCAACACACUAUGAGGCGAAAAAGAAGUUGAGUAAGUUAGGGUUGGGAUAUCAAUCAAUCCAUGUGUGUAAAUAUGAUUGUUCCUUAUUUUAUAAUGAGCAUGCAAGCAAAGAUUCAUGUCAUGUGUGUGGGAGUAGCCGAUGGGUCAAUGAAAAGAAGAAGGGGAAAAAGGUUCCACACAAGGUGAUGCGUUACUUUCCGUUGACUCCCAGAUUAAAGCGAAUGUACAGUUCAAGACAUACAGCUAAUGACAUGUUAUGGCAUCAUACUGGGAGAUCAAUAGAAGAUGGGGUGAUGCGUCAUCCGGUUGACGGGUCUGCAUGGAAAGACUUUGAUGCCACUCAUCCUGAUUUUGCAAAAGAUCCUAGAAAUGUUCGUCUAGGCUUGGCUGCUGAUGGGUUUAAUCCUUUUGGCAACAUGAGCUUAUCAUACAGCAUGUGGCCUGUGAUUUUGAUGAACUACAAUCUCCCCCCUUGGCUAUGCAUGAAGGAAGAGUAUUUUAUGCUAACUCUGCUUAUUCCUGGGUCAAAAUCACCGGGUAAAGACAUGGAUGUAUUUCUAAGACCCUUGGUGGAUGAGUUAAAACAAUUGUGGAUUAACGGAGUCGACACAAGAGAUGGCACAAGGAAUGAAUUGUUCAAGAUGCGUGCAGCCCUUCUGUGGACAAUUAACGAUUUCCCUGCUCGUAGUAGCUUGUCUGGUUGGAGCGGGCAAGGGUUUAAAGCAUGUCCAACGUGCAAUGAAGACACCACUUCCAUUCGAGUGAUUGGUAAGACAUCGUAUGUCGGUCAUAGGCGAUUCUUGAGGAGUAAUCAUAAGUAUAGAAGGGACAAGGAAUUUGAUGGCAAAGUUGAGAAAAGAAAUCCUCCACAACAGUUUACUUGUCAACAAGUUUUAGAUCAAGUCAAUGCUUUACCGCUUCAAGUGUCUGGUAAACAUGACAGAUUUGGGGGGGUGAAGCGCAAGCGAGGUGCAGGGGAAAGUAAUUGGAGGAAAAAAAGUAUUUUCUAUGAACUUGAUUAG